AUGGAAGUCACCAGUAGUCACUGUUUAUGGCACAACCCCAUAUCCACGGGGGAUCCAUUCCCAUGGUUACUGUGGAUAAGUAAAACUGUGGUUAACAGCAAACACUGUACUGUAUUUCCAGCAGAAGUUCAACGUCAAUGUUACAUUUGAGGACCUCCAGAUGCCUAGAUGGACCUUUUUUCCAGACGCAGGACCAGCUGUUCCCUAGGAGUGUCUGGCUGGAGCCAUAUGAUCUUAUCAACAUAUUUCAGAGCCGUACCUAAACACUGACAAAGCCUCUUGUGCAGCUAUGACUGUCAUAGAGGAAAAUCGUCCGUUCGCCCAACAGCUAUCCAAUGUUUACUUUACUAUACUUUCACUUUUCUGCUUUAAGCUUUUUGUGAAAAUCAGCCUUGCGAUACUCAGCCAUUUCUAUAUCGUCAAAGGGAACCGUAAAGAGGCAGCAAGAAUAGCUGCUGAGUUUUAUGGAAUUCCUCAAGCCCAAGGUUCUUGGGCAGAUCGUUCACCGUUGCAUGAAGCAGCAAGUCAAGGACGCCUCCUUUCUCUAAAAACUUUAAUUGCACAGGGAUAUAAUGUAGAUGCUCUAACCAUUGAUCAAGUGACUCCAUUGCAUGAAGCAUGCCUAGGAGAUCAUGUGGGAUGUGCUAGACUCCUUCUUGAAGCAGGAGCAAAUGUGAAUGCUACAACAAUUGAUGGAAUGACACCCCUGUUCAAUGCAUGCUCAAGAGGAAGUGCUUCUUGUGUAGAGCUUCUGUUGGCAUAUGGGGCCAAAGCUCAGUGGGAGACAUGUCUUCCUUCUCCAACUCAUGAAGCAGCUGGCAGAGGCCAUAGUGAUUGUCUGGAAUUGCUGAUCUCUUGGGGCAUAGACGUUGACCAAGAUAUCCCUCACCUUGGAACCCCACUAUACGUGGCCUGUAUUUCACAGCAGAAACAAUGUGUCCGCAAGCUUCUCCAUUCAGGUGCAAAUGUACAUAAAGGAAAAUUUUUGGAAACUCCAUUACAUGCUGCUGCAAAGCAGUCCAAUGCAGAAAUAAUAAACAUGCUUCUUGACUUCGGGGCCAAUAUAAAUGCCAAAAAUACAGAGUUUGAACGACCACUAGAUGUAGCUCCUCCCAGCAGCUUGGCAGAAAGAGUGCUGCUUCUGCAUGAAGCUGCUCCGUGUUCUCUUUGCCAACUGUGCCGGCUACGUAUCCGAAACUACAUAGGAAGAGCCAGAUUGCAUCUUGUAUCACAACUCCAGUUGCCCACCAUAUUGAAAGACUUCUUACAAUAUAGAUAAUUUGGUGACUAGCUUUUCUGUUACUUGAAGAGGAAGUAUUUAACUUUAUGUUUCACAUGAGAAAUUGUUAGGAUGAGAAAGGGGAAUGUGUAUCUAAACUAACAUUUAUAUACUAACAUAUAUCUAACAACUGAAAUCCUGAUCUAACAGUAUUUAGGAUCCUCAAGCAACCCAGCAUCAAGGUGCUAAUAUAAUUAACAGAAAUCAUUCAUACCCUGGAAGCAUGUUACACGCUUCACUGUGCAGUUGUGGUCUCUUCUCCAGCUAUUUUUGUUACUGAAGGCAGAAUAACAUUUUCCUAGCAGGGCCAUACUGUGAAAAAAGUACUAUUUGCUAAUGUUUGCAAUACUUCUCCCUCAUCCACUCCCUGUAGAAAUUAGUAGAACUGGGGAAAAAUCUUGCUUGCUCUUUCUGAACAAGAACAUCUUGGUAUAGUGAAGAUUUUAUUCAUUUAAAUGCUGUUGCACCACUCAAAAUCUGUUCCCUUCCUUGUUCGCUAUAGCA